UAUCGUCGGCUACGCUUCGGAAUCCUCCCGUAUCGAUGCUUUCCAUCGCCACGGGAUUUCAGAGAGAAAAAAACACGAGGCGCGCGCGCUCGUACAACUGUUUUCUUUUGUCAGAAUGAACCACGCGCGUUUAGUGAUCGUAACCUCGUUUCCACGGGCCUUUAAAUUCCGAGUGAUCAAAAAUCAUACGUGACUUUUGUCGCAAAGCGGCCGACAGUUAUAGUCAGCAGCACUGGUUCGCCGAAGAUUUGCACUAUACAGCUUGGAUGACUCGACAUGGCCAAAAUCGAUCGAGACGGAGCAUCGGCUCGAAGCGACAAUCGUCGCAUGACUGGCAACGUCAACAUAUACGUUUGCUCGGGAGCCUUCGGGGAAGGGGAUUCCAACUCGUUGAAAAACAAGGAUAGAAAGAAUGAUUCGAAGAAAGGUAAAGGUGGCGAAAAAUUGAUUUCUAAGAAGACACGCAAAGACCGUAACGGUGAAUCUAAAAGUAUGAAAGCUGAACCGACGAAGAAAAUGUCAAAUGACGUGACUAACGACCCGAUAAAAAGCGAGGCGCUAGGCAAAGCUAAACGUUUGCACGAAGAGUCGAAAGAAAAGCACGACCGUGACAGACCAACGGAAAAAUCGCCGAAGAAAAAGUCAUCUUCGGAUCGGAUCGAUCAGGGUCAGCGGCAACCUAAAUCGCAGAAAAACAAGAAAGCUCCGCUUGAUGAGAAAGCAACUUUAACGAGGAAUGAUACGAACAAGGGCAUCGAAAACGAAGCUUCAGCAAGAGAUGCGACACUCGACGCGUAUAAGAAUACGAAUAAGAAAUCUUGGGCAAAGAAGGUAAAAGUAAAAAAUAAAGCUCACGCGCGAGAAGACGCAGCGACAGCGCGCAAGUCUAAAUCGAUUGCGAGAGAUCCGAGAAAGGCAAGAGCCGAGGAGGAUCGAACCUCGUUUAUCGCGAAGCUCGUCAGCCUGUUCAGAAGUAAACGCGACGAGCCGACGGGAGGCGCAAGGAAAGUCAAGGGUAGAUGCGACGCAAGUUGCACCGAGUCGCGGCGAACGACCAAAGCUAGCAGGUCCGCUCGACGCAAAGGCAAGAGCAAACGAAGAAAGCACAGACCAGAGCCGGCAGGUAAAACGAAGGGGCAGAAGCCAACGGAAGUUAUUAAUCCGCGUAACGAAUCUGAUAACCAGGCAAACGAACGGAAAGCCGCGUCUCGUCGCGCGAGCACACCGAGCCACGGCGAAGAGACGAGUGAACUCGAGGCGACGAUGUCGAAGGCCGGCGCUGCGUCGGACAGUCGCGCUACGGAAGAAGCCGCGCUGGGCGACGCGGAUCGAACGGACGGUCGCUCGCGGAACUCGCUGCGCGUGUGUCUCUCCUGCCUGUUACCUUCGGGCAGCUGUCUCUGCGGAAGCGAAUCUGCCGAGCAGCGCAAGGCGGCGACCGUCGGCCGCGAUCGGCGUCGCAGAGCCACGAGCGGCUCCUCGACGCUGCCUUGUCGGAAGCUGAAGACUCACUCCGUGCUGGUCGGCGAGAUGCGAGAAAAAAUGGGGGAAUCCGCGAGGGCACUCGAGCGUGGCUGCGGCCGCGAAGGAAGCCGCGCGAGGUACGGCACGAUCGCCCCGCGCGCGCGCAUACAGGACGCGCAGCCAAGCACGCGUUGUCUUUCUCGAAGGUGUGCGCGCCGUCGCGAAGAGCGCCGCUGCGACGCCGCCGAUAAGAAGCCACGAGCCAAGUGUUACUAUUGUGAAAAUCCGCCUCGCUGGUGUUGCUGCUGCGCGUCGGGGCACUAAGGCUGGCCACACGUACGUCCACGGCUCUCAUUCGAUCUGUUUACGAUUUCCACGACGACCCAGCAACCAAAGCCGCAGGCAGCGUGAAAAAUCCGCCGAGGACGAGAGAGAGAGAGAGAGAGAGAUAAAGAUUCGACGCAUCAGCACCGAAAACAUCUUUAUCGCGCGCGAGCGUAUCUUCAAAACAAAUCGCCGUGCCCCGUCAUCAAUCGACGAUUCGUACGAUGGAAAUUGAUAGAUUCUUGUUUUUGCAAUCGUGUGCUCGCUCGCGUACAUUGCGUAGAUGGAUCUGGCGCUAGAUUAUUUGGAAUGCGCCCCUUUCCCUCGAGCAAGUUCUACGUCCUUACUUGCGAUCGUUUCAUGAUAAUUUGCUAUUCUGAACCGACGAAGUGCGUCUUUGAUUCUCCUCAGUGCAAUAUACAUACUUUUUUUCUAAUGGUUCCGUCGACUCCACCGAGGGCGCGAGACCAACGUUGCGUAGAAUCGCGCGUUCCGACCGUUCGCCAACCAACGCACGGAAAGAUAAAAGUAAUCUCGAGUCACCUGCUUUCGUUGACGUUCAAUGAGCCGCGGAGAAUUCUGGAAUCGACGUCGCUCCUUUCCGAAUAACUCGAGGCGGCGCGAAGAUCGUUCCGCGAUUGGUUGCAGCAAUACGAUCAAUUUUCAAUCCCCGAAGACGGCCGUGCACUUGUCCAUUCGCGAUUUCAAAAUUGCCGUUCGAGUAACGAAAACCGUGCAAAGCACGUAUCCUCCAACGCGUACGAUACCUUUGACACCAACUACUACGUGAACAGAAAUACAAACCAAAAACUGUGUCAACUUACACAGUAGAAACUUACACACUAUGAUCGUCAAUUGAAGAGAGUUCAAUGUCUGUGAACAACAUUAUUUUUAUUAGGCUAAUUGUUACGAGUUUUAUAGAAAAUCAUAUUUCAGAAUUGCCUUGCAAGCUAUUUGCAGCUUUCUUGUUUUCGUCGCGCUCUAUAGUCACCGACUAUACGAAGAUAACGAAACUUUGGAUCUCGACGCAACGAGAAAAUUCUCGUCUGGAACGAAAAAUAAGGAUUUGGGCAACAAUUCAGCCAUCGUCGCGCGUAACCCAAAUUAUAUUUGCAUCAAAAGUCCUUCGAGAAACGAGGUUAGAUUUGGAGAAAUGACAAUUGGACGCGCCGACGUCGAUAAUAUGAAUGAGUCAAUGGAAAUUCACACAAACGUAGGAUUAAAAUUGAGGAGAACUAUGCAACAGGAAUUUUCGAAAAAUCGAUAAAAAUAACAAUACAAACAGCGAUAUCUUGAUCGGGAGCACAUCGAAAUUUUAAAGCCACCGUUGAUAAACAAGCAUUGUUGACGAUGCUCGUGACGCAUCGCGCGACACGAGCCGGCGUCGCUCUCAACGCGGAACACCUGGCAACCCAAAGUACAUUGUUAUU